UGAUACUUCAGAAAAUAUAAAAAGGAAUCAAAAUGAUACUAUCAUUGCACUUUUUCAAGGAAGUAAUGAAAGUUCUCAAGGAACAACAUUACCAAUAGCAAUGAAUAGACUACUAUUUAGAACUAUCACACCUAUACUCUAA